AGCGGUCCCUCCCAUCCCACCCACCCUCUGCAGGCUCGUGGAGGAGUUCAUGCUCUUGGCCAACAUGGCAGUGGCCCACAAGAUCCACCGCGCCUUCCCCGAGCAGGCCCUGCUGCGCCGGCACCCCCCACCCCAGACAAGGAUGCUCAAUGACCUGGUGGAAUUCUGCGACCAGACGGGGCUGCCCGUGGACUUCAGCUCCGCAGGAGCCCUCAAUAAAAGCCUGACCCAAACAUUUGGAGAUGACAAGUACUCACUGGCCUGGAAGGAGGUGCUCACCAAUAUGUGCUCCCGGCCCAUGCAGGUAAGGAGGGCCCAGCCCCGGCCCAUGCAGGUAAGGAGGGUCCAGCCCCGUCCUCGCCGGCUCCCGGGAGCACACUGGCCCCAGACCUGUGACCUCCACGUGCAAGCACAGCCCACCACCAUUCCUGCCCUACUCUGGACAUGGCUGGGUGGACGGGGCUGCUCCUCCGCUGCCGGAGGGUGGGAGAGGAGGCCGACCCCAGGCAGCACCUAGGAGGGGGCACCCUGAGCCUCUUGAGUUUGAACCACUGUCUCCUGCUCAGACUUGCUCAAGGACAACCUGCCUUAGAGCUGAGGGGCUACCGAGACCUCCUGUCAGGCUGGGGUCCUGGAGGAGAGACAGGGUCCCGUGUGGCUUCCUGUCCCGGGGAACACUCCACAGCCUCCACCCCCGCAUGUGGAGUCCAGAACCAGCUGUCAGCCUCUGGCCAGUGUGGGAAAGAAGCAGACUUGGCCGUGGGCCUAGGCCUGGGCCUGCAGGGAGGUGGCAGCCUGUGGGGUGGACAGCUGGGCUUGCUCUGGGACGCCUGUCACAGCCCCCAAGGCUGAGCUUCACCCGUGCAGGGCCUGAGCAUCCUGGGACCAGGACCCUAAAGGACCCUCAGGCCAGCGGGAGCAGUGGGUGCUGAUGAGUCAGCUCUGGGCCCCAGCCAAGCCCAGGGGCAGGGACAGGCUGUAUUUCAGGGGCUUGGUCACACAGCAGAUUCAGUCUGUUCUCAAGAACUGGAUGGCUUCAGCUGACCCCAGUGGAUUUAUUUUCUGAUGCUUCAAGCUCUGCUGGGUUUGAAGCCAUCAGGGCCUGCUUGGGCUUGGCCGCCCUGACUUGCCCCCAGUCACAAGUGUCUGCCCAGCCAAGCACCUGCGGCACCCACAACUGAGAGGGGCUGGGCUGUGCCUGCGGGGCUGUCUGUGUUCUACACGCCAGUGGCUCUAGGCCUGGCAAAGAUGGCACAGCAACCCCUGAGUCCCAGAACUGCCUCUGGCUCUGCCCUGCUAGGGCCCCUCCCAUGCCCCUGCCUCUAAUGCCAUCACCUUCAAGGAGGUACAAGCCAAGCUGGAGUUCCAGGGAUCAGAGCCGCUCCGGAGUCAGCCAGAGCCUGAAAAGGCUGCAUUCUCCUGGCUCGCCUGCCAGGGAGCUCGGAGGCGCCCUUGCCUGGGAAUCUGAUGGCAGCGAGUCACCAGAAGGUCUGCAGUGCUCCUGUUCCUCGGCCCCGGGAACUGCGGUGGGGACAGGGCAGGGCAGCAGCAGAGAGCACAGAAAGCUGUGAGGGGGCACGCAGUCCUCAGUGAGCUUCUGCAUCAGGACUCCAGGGCUGUCCCAGGGACAGCUGGGCCUGUGGGAAAGCCAUGGAACCCACCCCCCCGUCCCACCCCACCCUGAGCCACCUCCACCAGCCAGGAGGGGCCAGGGCCCUUCUUCAACUUCACCCAGGUCAUCUGGGGAACUGGGCCACCGCUGAGAACAAAGCCCAGAUGUGUCUGGGAGUGGAGGCUGUGCCCACCUGCCCCGGAGACUUGCCCCCGACUUAACCCAGGGCCCAGCAGGUGCUGGAAGGGAAGUGGAGUUAGGGAGCCGAGCAGGUCACCACCAGCUGCGCCCUGGAUUCCAGGGCCCGUGUGCACAGAGUAACGGGAGCCGGCUGGCUGUCUGGCCAAGGGCACAGGAGGGUGAGUGUGUACAGCAGCCAGGGAGCAAGGGAACCAGCGAGACACACCGGAGUGACUUUGGACCUCUGCAAGGAACCCGUUCACUCGCUCCCAGGCAGUAGCACUGGCCUUGACACCCAGCCCUGAAAACUGGGGGACUGCAGGGCAAGCAGCUUCAGUGACUGUGGCCCCAGCUGGGCCGGGCUGUGUGCUGGUCCCUAGAGACUCUGGGUAUCUCCCUGUCCCAGCCCUGCCUCCUGCCCAGCACAAGGGCCUCUGGAACUCCGCCCUGUGUGUCUCAGCCCGCGGGAGGGUCAGAUGGUUGGAGAUGAGA